CAGAGUCCCGCCUGCUCAGCGCAGUCAUCUGAGAGCGUGUAUGAGAGAUUGUGUGUGUGUAUGUAUGUGUGAGUGUGUGUGAGAGAGAGAGAGAGAGAGAGAGAGAGAGAGCUCCAGCAUUAGGGCCGAACACUGAGGUGUCAUCGCAUCCGGACACAGGACAGCCAUGGCCCUGCUCGAUCUAGCCCUGCAAGGCUUCUCCAUCUUCGGCUUUCUCUUGUUCAUCGUGCUCUGGCUCAUGCACCUCGUGUCCAUCAUCUACGUCCGUCUGCAUCUCAACAAGAAGACCACAGAAAAGGUGCCAUACAGCAAACUGGCUGGUGUAUCGCUGCUGAAGCCCCUCAAGGGUGUGGACCCCAAUCUCAUAAACAAUCUGGAGACGUUUUUUGAGCUCGACUAUCCCAAGUAUGAAAUUCUGCUGUGCGUCCAAGACCAUGACGAUCCAGCCAUUGAUGUUUGUAAAAAGCUGCUGGGCAAAUAUCCGAAUGUUGACGCCAGGUUAUUUAUAGGAGGUAAGAAAGUUGGCAUCAAUCCAAAAAUAAAUAACCUCAUGCCAGCUUAUGAAGGGGCAAGGUACGAACUCGUCUGGAUCUGUGACAGUGGCAUUCGAGUGAAGCCAGACACUCUCACUGAUAUGGCUAAUCAGAUGACGGAGAAGGUGGGACUGGUUCAUGGUCUUCCUUACGUGGCAGACAGACAAGGAUUUGCCGCCACACUGGAGCAGGUUUAUUUUGGUACGUCACAUCCUCGUUCCUACAUCUCGGCCAAUGUCACGGGAAUCAAGUGCGUCACGGGGAUGUCGUGUCUCAUGAGGAAGGACAUCCUGGACCAAGCGGGCGGGCUGAUUGCAUUUGCCCAGUACAUCGCUGAAGAUUACUUCAUGGCCAAGGCCAUCGCAGACAGAGGAUGGAAAUUUUCCAUGGCAACGCAAGUAGCCAUGCAGAAUUCUGGCUCGUACUCCAUUGCACAAUUCCAGUCUCGCAUGAUCAGAUGGGCCAAACUGAGAAUCAACAUGCUGCCGGCCACCAUCAUCGAGCCCAUCUCGGAGUGCUUUGUGGCCAGUCUUAUCAUCGGCUGGGCCGCCCACCAUGUAUUUCGCUGGGACAUCAUGGUGUUUUUCCUGUGCCAUUGCCUGGCCUGGUUCAUUUCGGAUUACAUCCAGCUGAGAGGAGUACAGGGCGGUCCUCCAUCCUUCUCCAAGCUGGACUACGCGGUGGCCUGGUUCAUCAGGGAGUCCAUGACAAUUCAGAUUUUCUUGUCCGCUCUUUGGGACCCCACCAUCAGCUGGAGGGCGGGACGCUACCGAUUGCGUUGCGGAGGUACAGCAGAGGAAAUCUUGGAUGUUUAAAUGGCACCGUGUGCCUGGGACUAUGCACUGGUGUGAACAUGGACACAGAACUGAGAAGAUGUGGGCGCAGAUGGACAAAUGAACUGCAACUUUUUUUGUUUUGUUUUGGGUUUUAUUCCAACUUCUGAUAGUUUUUAACCUGUGACAUUAGCAAAUAGGUUAUUUAUGUCCUCGGUGCUUUUUUUGUUUUCCUGUGGUCUUGACAAUUGAGACCUUGUUCUAGAUGAGCCAAAAGUUAUGAAGAAAAGAACUUGUGCGGAAACUAUGUCUGUCGAGGAGGCGGCACUUCAGCGGGCAUCAGUAACCCUGAUAAAAACGUAUCUAAAUGUAAUUUUUUUUUUUUUUUUUUUUUAAAGGUCCCUGCAACAUGUUUAGUGGUGGUUGAACAACUCUGUAUUUCGUGACAUAUCCAUUUUAUAAUGAGUUUGGACGAACAGUACAGUUUUUAACGAUAAUAGUAGGGUGGAGAAUGACUGAAGCCUUUUAAAAUGGCGCUAGCGCAUAAAUGGAUCACUUGCUUAUCACAGUGUUGCUCUCAACAUACAGCACUCUUGCCAUAUUUUAUACAUUUUUGGACUCUUGAAUGCUCGAAACGGAUCCACUCAGGUCCAUUUUAUGUUUACUGGACAGAGCAAUAUCUUCGGUAGAGGUUAUACAUGGGGAAAUGUGGCAUACUGUCAACGACUCUUGUACAGUCUUUGCAUUCUCCCUGCAGUAUUCGAGCACGAGGUUUACUCCUCAACAUGAUCUCUGUAGAUUUAAUCACAUAUCUUAUGAAAUUUAGUGCCAUUUGAAGAGCAAGCGGUUUUAUUGUUAUAAUUUUGGCAUCUUUAACGGUUUUCUUCAUGGUCUUUAUCUUCCCGUGCUUCGUUCUCUGCAGUAGUUGCUCUCGUACAAGGAUCAGGGUUUGCGAAAACACAUUUCCUGGCUUGCUGCUGUUUGUUUGAGAAGCUGUCAGUAUUUUCUUGACGUUUGACUGGAUAUAAGUGCAUAAAUUGUCCAAACAUUUCAUCUGAUGCCAUUUCAGUUAGCCCUUAAACCAAAUUCUCUUGAUGUAAAGAGUUUGAGAAGUUAGAGUGUACUCAUUUUUUUUGAGUUGAAACAAUUUGGCAUGAGUGAGUGUGUGUUCAAUUUUAUAUAUAAACAUUUGAGUUUACACUUUGAUGCAUUUCAAAAUAUGCCAAUCGCGCUCUACUCAUUCUCCAUUAACAUACUCUUACAGUCAAACAGAAUUCACGAAACAAUUGACAUUCUUCUCCAUCUUCCCCUUUUUUUUUCAUGGUUGUAUCUUGAGGAACUACUUGUUUCUGUUUCGUACUGCCAGCACUUUUUUUGUCAAACCGCUCUUUCUGCAUUUUCCUCAUUUCUUGACUUCUGCUGCUAUGCGUUCGUAUAUCAUGCCGCUGAUCGUGAAGAACCCAUGCCAGCACCGGCAGUAUUGUUUAACAGAUAAUCUACUCAUUCACCUGAACUGUUCAACCCUUGUUGUUAUUUUAAAACCAUAUGUGAUUCAGAAAAAAACCUGUUGGCUUGAGCCGUGUGCAUGUGUCUUCAUAUUCCAUCAGCUGCCAUUUAGGAAGUACUAAACACUGUUUUAGUCCAAUGCCAACCCUCCAUUGUUAGUGUGUUUGUUCUGGUGUUGGUUUGUUAUUUCUAAUUUGAAUACAUCUGAAUUUGUUCUACUGAACGCUUUGGGCUGACCAUUGGAAAUAAACUGUGUUUUGUGCAUGAGGCCACGAAAUGAAUGCCAUUUGUUCGUAACAUGGCAGUUGAAGUAUUAACAGUUGGGGAUCAAUCAAUUAGCAAUAAUCAUAUACAUAUACAUUAUUAGUUUUACUCUAUUCAGGCUGUGAAACGAAAGCAAGCUUCCAAACCCAUUUCUGUGUCCAGCCGUGGUGUAAUAAACAUUUCAGAUUUUGUUGACCGUUACACAUUGAUCAUACCUCAGUGGGCCUCAUUCAUGAAAUAUGAACAUUCGUAUCAUUCAAAAAAACAUUCUUACGUAAACUAAAUGGAAUUCAUUUGUGAAACCAUUACAUUUAAUAAUUGGUAAAAAAAAUUGGAAUUGGUUUUACAAAUUAAAGCUAACAAUUUCAGUUUUAUUAAUUAUUCAGUUUGUUGUCAGUUUACGCAAACGAGGUUUAGCGAAUUAUCCCAAUAAUUCUUCAGUAAGUUGUUGCAUUGAAUCGAAUAAUUUUAUGAAGUCUUGCAUAAUAUAGAUUGAAUAAUUAGUUAACACCAUUCUUGCAUAAACGAUUGCAUUGAAUUUUGUGCUACAAUUAUAUAAUAAUAAUAAUAAUAAUAGUUUCAGGAUAAGUUACUUAAGAAUGGUAUUAUGAAUGACUAAGAAAUUUAUUCUGCUUUUGAAUAAGGCCCGAUGUGAUGUAGUUCUGCACCAUGGGUAAAACUGAAUGUACCUUCGCAUGAACAUGUGACUAACGUUUAUUUUUUGUUUGUUUGAAACACCACAGUAGAAACUUUAGGGAAUGGGAAAGCUGGCAUUUUCUGCAACUGUUCUUCAAGUUCCGCUCUUCGACUUUCAGCCGUAUCUGCUUAUGAUAUAUAUGUGAGAUAUUGUGUCAAAAAGAAACUUCACCUCAUUUACGAAAAGUCUACGAUGCACUGUAAAUUUCCCGUUUAGACUUUUCCCCUCUUUGUGUGGCUGUGAGAGAAUGCUUCUGACUGCGUGUUUGCAGAAAUAUUGCCUUUUUUGACAAGUCAAUUCAGAAAGGAUUGUCUUGUCUUGUAACGUUCUGUGGGGAACUGGACUUUUUUUUUUUUUCUUUCUUCGUGAGUGUACAGUUGUAUGUUUGUCGGAUUAACAUGUUUUGUGCAAGACUGGUGACCUGUAUGGUGCCGUGUGGAAGUGAGAAAAUGUGUGUUUACUUAAAACAAGUAAGACAAAAUGAUUGAGAAAUUCAGUCUGCAUCAACUGGGCCGCAUUUACGGGAUCUGAAACAAUACGGUAGUGAGCUGCCUAGACGGUUUAAAAAUAUUUUGAGACAAAGCCAGUUUGAGCUUAAGUGUCAUAUCCUGUGCUAUUACUUUAGUUGCGACAUUUCACGCUUUUAAAUGUUCUUUCUUUACUACAGCCUUGGACUCAAAGCAACCGAGAGAAACUACUGCUACACGUUUACCAUACGGUCAUCAGUCAGAGUAGAAAAAAAGUCUAGUUGUGAUCCACCGCUUUUAUUUUAUGUGCUGUAAAGUUGACAAAGUAAGAAAAAAAACAUUUAUUUUUAUUUUUUAAUAUGUACAGUUUAUUUAUGAAGUUUGGUUGAUAUCCAUUACAUACACUGCUUCCUAAGGCUUAAUUUAUCAUCAAGUUGUACAUUUUUAUUUGUUAUUCCCUACAAGUUUUGUUCGUUUUUUCUGCAGUGUAAAGGUAUGGCUGGACAGACUUCAGUUUUUGAACUUUUGUGUUAUUUUGUAGAUGUUGUGUACUGUACUCUUGAUGCUGAAUGCGUAAUCCACAGCUGGAAACUGUGUCAUUACAGAUAAAUUAAAGCUUUAUCAAGCGAUAUAAGAAGUGCGUGUUUCCUCAUCUCAUUCUGUUGUGUGUGAUCCUCAUUGUUAUGUUUAGAGUAGUUUUAGUAGUUCGUGGUUAGCUGCAUUAGCAAUACAAUAGUUUCUUUCAAAGCGAUGGGAGUCAGUUCCCUGCCCCUCUUUCUGACUUCCUGUGUGUUUGAGUUUCUGUGCCACCAUUCAUUCACCACAUCACAUGUCUGAAACUCUAAAAUGCAAAAUCAUUCCCAGGAUCUAGGCAUGACUUUGUUACUUGCUAUACCAUUUGAAGUUUGAAGAAAACUCAUUUUAUGGACACUGAUAAAACCCCUGACCUUAAAAAUUAGGCAUUUGUUGUUUAAGCUUCACUGCACUGUUGUUAAAGCCGGGCAGAUUACUUACAAAUUGUAGUCCAUGAUUACAGAUCACAUGAUGAAAACUGUAUUUAGUAACUAGGUUGCUCAUUUUAGGUAAUGUAUUCUGACUACUUUUUAAAUUACUUUUUUUAAUCUAACGUAUCAUAUUGAUAUAAAAAAAGAAAAAUGCAUUCUAUUUUUUGAUAUCAACAUCAUAAAAUGCAUUAAACAUUACAUUAAAUCCACAGUUACUGAGGGUCUCUGGAUAUGAUGACGAUAACGGUGUUUAGUAACUUGUAUAAAUAUUUGUUCCGUACAUGGUCUAAUUGCUUGAGAGCUGCUAAAUGGAAUGACACACAGUCGGAUUUUUCAAAAGGAAAAUUUACAAGGGAAAAAAGAAUAGGCUAAUAUGUAAUCAUGUACUCCAUAAAAAAAGUAACUGUAAUCUGAUUAUGAGCAAUUUAAGAUGUUGUAUACUUUGAGUACUUGAUUUUUGGAAUCUGAUUACGUAAUCCAGAUUACAUGUUAUAAGUUACUAUACACUCUUAAAAAUAAAGGUGCUUCACGAUGCCACAGAAGAACCUUUUUUGUCUAAAUGGUUCCAUAAAGAACCUUUAACAUCUGAAGAACCGUUCUGUUUCACAAAAGGUUCUUUGUGGCAAAAGAAGGUUCUUCAGAUUAUAAAAAGGUAAGAAAGAGAUGGUUCUUUAAAGAACCUUUGACUGAAUGGUUCUUUGAGGAACCGAAAAUGGUUCUUCUAUGGCAUCGCUUUGAAGAACCUUUUAAGCACCUUUAUUUUUAAGAGUGUACCCAGCUCUGACUGUUGCCACAGUGUUACACUGAAGGAAAGACUCGAGACCAGAAUCAGAGAGACGCAGAGACCUCUGUUUUUGCAACUUUGGCUAGCAAGCAACCAGCUAGUAACCACCAAAAACAACAUUAGCAAUGUGCUAAAAACCAUUCAGAACAGCUUUGCACUGAUAAACAUUAAUAAAAAAAUAUUACUACUCAGAAGUUUGCAGUCAGUAAGAUUCUGUUUUCAAUGUUUUUGAAAAACAUCUCAUGUUCACCAAGGCUGUAUUUAUUUAAUCAAAGAUAUACAGUUUAAAAUAACACUUUUCUGUUUGAAUAUAUUGUAAAAUGUAACGUAUUGAUGUAAAAGCUGAAUUUUCAGUAUCAUUGCUCAUGUCUCAGAGUCACAUGAUCCUUCAGAAAUCAUUCUGCUCAAGAAACAUUUAUUAUCAGUGGUAAAAACUAUGGAAUGCUUCUGCCACAGUAUAAAAAAAUAAAGGUAAUUAAACAUUUUUAUCUUACAAUUCUGACUUUUUUUCCUCUCACUGAGAGAAAAGUCAGAAUUGUGAAGUGUUCACUCGCAAUUGAGCGAUAUAAGCUCAAUUCUGAGAACAAAAGUCAGAAUUUUGAGAUCUAAACUUGCAAUUGAGAGAUUUUUUUUCAAGAUUAUUUUUCAGUAGAACAGUAUUUAUUUGAAACCGAAAUCUUUUUACAACAAUUUCUUUAAGUCUUUACUGUCACUUUUGAUCAAUUUAAUGCACCCUUGUAGAAUAAGUAUUAAUUAAUUUCUGUCAAAAACGUUGAUCCCAAGCUUUUGAAUGGUAUGUAUGAAUCAGUUUCUGUUAGAAGGUAUGAUUCACAUGUUCAGAAUUGUGAAUACACUUAAACUCAGUGCGUCCAAAUAUUGAUUUGGACUCUACUGACUUUCAUUGUAUGGACAAAACAGUUCAAAAUAUCAUCUUUUGUGUUCAGCAGAAGAAAAAAUUAUACAGGUUUGGGUAAGUGUGUGAGGGUAAGUAACUCUUAUUUUUUUCAGAACAGUGCAAUGGUGUGUUUUAAUGGUAAAAUGCUUGGUAUUUUCUAUUGCAUUAUUUGCUGUUGCCCCCAUCACUUGAUUUGAUGUCAUUGCUUUUGAUCGAUCUGAUGUCAGCCCAGUAGUUUCGGUGUGUAUUUGUGUAAAUAAUGGCGUUACGGUAGUGCAAAUAAAGGCUGAGGGAUGUGAGUGUGCUGGCGGUCAGUGCUCUGUGUUUGCUGGGCUGUGUGAUUCACUACUAACACAAGCGUUACCAACCAUCUGCUCUCUCAGUUCUCCGUCAGUGUUUCACUGACCCCGAAACACAAGCAAUCCCUGCGAUUCUAAAUAUUCCCGCAUCCUGAGGCCAGGAGCUGCGGUUUAUGUAGUGCAUGUCUGACUGUUGUGUCUCUUUGUGUUAUCUGCUGCAUUAUCAGCUCUGUGUUUCUGCUUGCAGGAUGCCUGUCAGUGCUUAUCUCAUAGCAGCCCAUUUUUAGGGGAACAGGGCAUAGAUGGAGAUCAGGCGCCAUGAGAAGAAAAUGGCAUCUUCCUGACAACUCACUGUUAUUUCCUAUUAGCAUUACUAACAUGUUUUUAACAAAGAGUCGCUUGAAAGUUGACUGUACAGAGUUGUGAUUAAAUACUGUGUUCUACUAUGGCUAUAAAAAGUUAAAUAAAGAUACAA